ACACCUAAACCUUUCAAAAUGAAAUCCUUCAUCGUCCUCGCCGUCCUCGUCGCCGCCGCCCUGGCCGCUCCCCUCGACUCCGACAAGGACGCCGUCGUCGUCCGCAGCGACCUCGAAAACAUUGGCGUCGAAGGAUUCCAAUGGAAUUACCAGACCUCCAACGGCAUCGCCGCCCAGGAGCAGGCCCGGCUUGAGCAGGUCGGCACCGAGAACGAGGGUAUCGAGGUCCAGGGUCAAUACUCCUACGUCGGCCCCGACGGUGUCACCUACACCGUGACCUACACCGCUGGCAGGGCCGGUUUCCAGCCCAGCGGCGCCCACAUCCCCCAAUAAGUGAAUAACGCCACCUCCCCGAC